GCCGGUUUUCUUGUAUGUCAUUCAUGCUUUAUGUCAGUUUUGCCCAAAAUGUCGGAAAAUACUGAAAAAAACCUAUUGGAAAAUGUUAGUCCAGUGGAAGAAAGUACGGAUGGAAUCGUCGUAAAUAAGAGUACAAAAAAACGCAAUAGAAACAAAAAGAAGAAAAAUGGGGUACAAGAAGAACAAAUUGACCAAAAUAAUGAGGUUGUUCAAGUUGAAAAAAACCUCUUAUCAAAUUUUUCCAAUCCAAUUAAUACGAUAUCAAUUAAAGAGCUAAAAGCAGCCAUGGAAGUUUUCACUUUAUCACAAAAGCCAGCAAAAAGUUCCGAGGAAGCUCUUAAAAAGAAUUUUCAGUUUUGGAAUACUCAGCCUGUGCCUAAAAUGGAUGAAAAAAUAACUGUUAAUGAGGCGAUAGAACCAAAUAAGGAACCAUCUGAAAUUAGAGAAGAACCAUAUAGUUUACCAGAUGGUUUUAAAUGGGAUACUCUUAAUUUAGAUGAACCUUUGGUAUUAAAAGAACUUUAUACGUUACUUAAUGAGAAUUAUGUUGAAGAUGACGACUGUAUGUUUAGAUUUGAUUAUCAACCUGAAUUUUUGAAAUGGGCAUUACAACCCCCGGGCUGGAAAAGAGAGUGGCAUUGUGGGGUUAGAGUUGUAAAAAGUAGUAGAUUGGUAGGAUUUAUAUCUGCUAUUCCUGCCACGCUCAAUGUAUAUAAAAAGAGACAACAAAUGGUAGAAAUCAAUUUUUUGUGUGUACAUAAAAAACUUCGAUCGAAAAGAGUAGCUCCUGUAUUGAUCAGGGAAAUUACCCGUCGAGUACACUUGAAUGGCAUAUUUCAAGCAGUUUAUACAGCUGGAAUUGUGUUACCAAAACCUGUCAGUACAUGCACAUACUGGCAUCGAUCGCUAAACCCCAAAAAGUUGAUUGAAGUCAAAUUCUCUCAUUUGUCUCGUAACAUGACAUUGCAAAGAACUCUUAAACUAUAUAAGCUACCAGAUAAACCAAAAACUCCUGGAUUUCGGAAAAUGACACCAAACGAUGUACCACAAGCCCACAAAUUACUUGAAGAGUAUUUGAGUCGUUUUGAUUUAGCACCAAAUUUUAAUGAAGAAGAUUUUACUCAUUGGUUUUUACCUCGAACAAAUAUAAUUGAUAGUUUUGUAGUAGAAACAAAUGGCGAAAUAACUGAUUUUAUUAGCUACUAUACUCUACCAUCAACGGUGAUGCAUCAUCCAGUACACAAAACUUUAAAAGCUGCUUAUUCUUUCUACAAUGUAUCUAAAGGGACACCUUGGAUUCCUCUAAUGACAGAUGCCUUAAUAUCAGCAAAACAAUUGAAUUUCGAUGUAUUCAAUGCCUUAGACCUCAUGGAUAAUUCCGAGUUUUUAUUGCAACUUAAGUUUGGUAUAGGCGAUGGUAAAUUACAGUACUAUUUGUAUAACUGGAAGUGCCCCAGUAUGAUGCCCUGUAACAUAGGUUUGGUGCUUCAAUAGAGAAUGAAUAUUACUGAUUUUGGUGGUUUGAUCCGAUGAUAUAAAUUAACAGAUUGCAGAUUUCAAUUAUACUAAAUUAGUUUAGCUACCCAUGUUGGCAUUCCUAGAUAACAAAUUUUCAAAUAUUUUCAUUAAGUAAAUGGAUAUAAGUAUUUAUAGAAUAUAUAAUUGAAAAUUCAUUAAAAGUUAUAUCACAGAUGAUUUUAUUUUUAAUGAUUACAUUAUUUUUUUUAAAUCUACCCUUAGAUAAAAGAUUUGUGGGUUGUGGAUCAUUGCCACCCCUAAUAAAUGCUUUCUGAAAACAGGGCCAUACUUUAACAGAUGCACGCUUUCCAAAAAGUACCUCUCUAUGAUCACAAAUACCAAAUUUUGAUUUACCAGAAAUAAUAUUGUUAGAUUUUUUCGCUUUCUUUUCCAAAAUGCGAACAUUACUUUCAUAUUUUGACUGUCAUGGGACUGAGUUUUCACCAUGUGCUAAAUCGUUUCUAUGCAUUUGAUAAAUUGGCAUUUUCAAAUAAUUGGUAAUGAAAGUUCUCAAAGGAGAAUAUGCUAUAUUACAAGAUUUUAUAUUUUUUUCGAAAGAAAUAAAAAGCCUAAUUACAUCUAUGAUAAGUUGUGCUAAAAACAGAAUUUUUCAUUUUUAUACUUUGUGAUCUAGUGUUUUAAUGUACAAGAAAAAAAUCUUUUUUUCUACAAAAAUACCUUCUAAUCCGGCGUUAUUUAAACUCUAGAACAGCGGUUUACGAACUUUUUUGUACAACGUCCCCUCCUGUUGAAAUAAAGCCUCCCACGCCCCCCUUAAACAAUGAGUUGGCAAUGGGUAUAUUUAAAAAAAACAUUAAGUAUUGAAAACAAAAUAUAUUCACUGUGAGAAGAUACAAAAUUAUAAGUUUCAAAUUAAUAAAAAUCCUACUCAAAAGAGAAAAAUAAGUUAAUGAGUUGGAUCAGCUUGUGUUUUCAUAACAGUAUGUCUAUCCUUGGUUGAAUUUUAUCAAGGCCACAACGUAAGCUAUUGGUAUCAUCAAGUUUGUUUUCAUCCUCUGUUUAACUGCCUCAAGAGUUGAAAAAGCUUUUUCGCGUAAGCAAGUUAUGGAAAAAGGCUAAAAUAAUUGAAGAAUUGGGAUAUACUUUGAAGUAUUUUAUCCAAAAUGAUGGUUUUCCAUUCAUUCAUUCUGGCAGGGAGUCAUGAUCACAUUGAAUGGGUCAGUUGACAAUCUGUAAACAUUUUCAUUACAAGUGUUUGAGAAGUAUGAAGGUUUUGAUACUUGGCUUUUCAAAUUGAUCCUCCAAAAACUUUAUUGGGACGUGUUUCUUCUGAUAUCAACACUACUUUGCUGAAAUUCGAAUAACUGUUUGACGUUAUCUUUGAGCUUAGAAAUAAACCCUUAUUUUAUGUAAUCAUUAUUAUACUUGCGUUUCUUUGCUGAGCUCAAUUUGAACAAUAUCUUCUCUCACUCAAAUCGAACUAUACUAAAAGUCAAAAGUCCGUUAUGAAAAUUUAAAUCUAACAGUACUUGAUUGAACACUCACGAAUACAACACACACACACACUGAGGACUUUCAUAAAGUACUGAACUGCUGUGGCUGAUCAAUGGAACAUGACAAUGACAUGUUGGUGGAGGGGAGACCUCGGAAAUUCUCGGAUUUUAUUUCAUGUCAGAGCGGGCGAUAGUAAAAGCAUUGUUAAAUUAAAAAUUCGACAACGUAAAUGUAGUUUUAAUAAAUUUUUACUGAGAGAGAGAGUUUCACACUACCCCCGCUUGCCCUCACGGUCCUCAGUUUGGAAACCAGUGCUCUAGAACGUACGAGAUGAUCAUCAGUGAAGGAAAAUGAAUUACUGAAUUUGAAAAAUGAAUUAAUUUGACUCAAAAAACUAGGAGCGCAGAUAAUUAAUAAAAUAUUAACUAGUAGAUCAGACUCAAAAUCAUGUAAAGAGAAUUUGUAUUAUAAACAGCGAUGUAAAAUAUACAAUUUGUUAAUUUAAUAGAAACGGAUUUCCAUCAAAAAAUAUAUGUGAAAUAUUUAUUUAUCACCAAAGUUUUUCAAUGUGAGCCAAAUUAUUAGUUGCAUGAACACAAUGAAAAUAUCGAAAUGAGUCUUUUGUUUUAUUUCUUUUUAUAUAGCUUUCCUGAGUUUACAAUUUAUUUUUUAUUAGAAAAUAAUUCAAAUUUUGUUAUCAAGUUAUUAUAUGUCAAUAUGGUUAUUGCUUAUACAAAUUUUUGAGUAAUUUAUUCAAUUAUUUAUUACAUUGUUUAAAAUUGAUAUUUGAUCCUUUGUUCCCUAGCAAUUAAAACAAAAUACAAAAUUUAUUUCUGAAAGUUUUACAAGUUUACAAGAGUAUGUCUGUAUACAAUCGUUAAAUAUAUAUGUAAUUUCAAUAAAUUAUACUUCAAAUUAAAACAAUUUUAUUCUUUAUCCAAAAAAUAUAGCACUUUGUAGGAAAAUAUUGAAGAAAGUUUUUAAUCUAUUGAAUUACACACUAAAUAUCUAGACAUGACCCUGUGUACGAUUUACUCCUACAAAUUUAUAGCGAAAAAACGGAAUAUAUUUGGAUUAAUAAGAAAACUAAUGUUUAAAGAAAUUCGAGCUUAUAACAAUUACACCUACCUUGAAAUUCUGAAAGUUCAUUUAUAAUUUUGAAUUGGAUCAUUACAUUAUUGUCUUUGCCUUGUGAAUUUCUAGACACUCCAUGAACACUUUUAACUUGAUUUUUGUGAGUUGAUGGCUUCUCGACUGUCAAAUAAGUUCAUUAUACCUCUUUUCAGAUAGAUAUUGUACAAAUGGAAGAGUGAAUUUCUUGCAAUGGAAAGAAUAUCAUCCUAGGAAAUGCUACAAUGGGUUUCUACUUAUUUCUGAUUAACUCAAUUCCUAUAAAUCUUGUCUAUAUAAGCAAUAAUAAUUAAAUAACCUUUUUUUAUAAAUUUGUAGUUCUCUUGAGUUUGUAAAUUUGUAUCCACCAUCCUGAUCAUAGAGCUUUUGGGAUCUCUUUCUUUAAUAUGCAUUAUCACAUUAUUGAUCCAUUUUGAAAAUAGUUCGAAGAUUUGAAUUUGAAAAUUGGGUUGUAUAGUCAAGCUUAACUUCAUCACAAAACAUUCUACUACUCAACUAACAAACAAUGGUGUAAUUUUAACUUGUAGUCAAAACAGUAGAUAAGGUAUUCCUCAUGACAAGAGAAAUAUCUCUCGGAUUUUCCAUAGAGUCCAAGCUUGUUAUGCACCUGUUUCGUGUCGAUUAUUUUUUGCUUUUGAAGUUUACAUUAAAUUUUCCAUGGUAAUGAGACGUCAGCAAUAUUAUGCACAUGAAUACAUAUUACUUUUAAGUGAACAAAUAUUUUUAUAGAGUUGUGUUUACUUACUUUACAUAUCCCAACCUUGUUUAUUUUAUAAUAGAAAUUUCCGUAAAUAGUUGCGAGAUUUAUUUUUUUAUCAAAUCUUUUAUUUUUUAAGUAAUGAAAUCAAUUAGCAUUUGAAGUUCCCACAAAUAAAUCUGGGCAAUUAAAGACCCAACCCCAACAAAUUCAAACUACUGUAGUAGGAAAUUUUUCAAUAUUUUUUUUUUCAUGGUAUCAAACUCCUUAAUCUGAUUUUUCCUCUCUUAUUUUUUAUUACCAAAUCCAAAUUGUGGGUUUCUCGUUCCACUUCAAUGAUGUUAUUCAAACCAAUCUAUACCAACCAACGAUAACUCGUUGUAAAAAGCACUCGAUUCUAUUAUUAUAAACAUUAUAGUAUUAUAAAUAUUAUGAUAAAUGUAAUAUAUGUUAUAUAGUUCUUAUUCUAUCUUCAAUUUGCACAUUGAAUAACCCCAUAAAAAUAAGUUUCAAAGUCCUGAUCAGGUAAUCUAAAGGAUCAUGUAUAUUUCAAAUAAAUAAUAUAAAUGUUACUAUGACGAGGAAAAAUGAAUUCGGUGUAGUAAUAGCUCGAUAAAAAAUAAAUUAAAACAUAUUU